GUGCCCCCCCCUACACCUCACCCCCGUGUAUUCUCGUUUUUAUUUUCUCUCUCACUGUUCAACAACAACGACGACACACACAGGAUAGGCACGGGGAGAAGAGGUUUAGAGGCUAACUGGGUUUGAGUGCGAGGCCCCGGGUAGGCGGCCAGCAAGAGGAGAGGCCACACAACCCGCAUCUGCGGUUGGACCUCCACAGCAACUCCCUUGGUUGAGACAAUAAAAGUUGCCUCAUCUUUUGCUGGUUUUUUUUUGUUUGCUGUGUGGAAUAAACCUCGGGGGUGGCCCGCGGAGAUCGUUCAAACCAUUCGAUUGCGAGUGUCGCGCGUGCGUCCAUCAACAUCACAGAAUUGGCGGGUCGAGCACAAUUUAUUAGCUCGUCAUUUUUUUCUUCUUCCUCCAUCUAAUAUCUGAUAACAUCUAAUAUCUAUCUGAUAACAUCUAACCAAGCGUCGUGACCAUCCGUCGUCGCAAUCGCCAGAGGAGGCGGUUCAUUGUCCCCGCCACCGCGUGGUUCCCCGGGGCUUGGUGUGGGGCUGGUGGGGGGGAGGCCGCUGCCGCCGACCAGGAACAGGCGGAGCUGCAGCAGCAGCAGCAGGAGGAGGCGGAGAAGGAGGAGGAGGAGGAGUACGAGUAGUAGGCCUUUCCCUCCAAAUCCAUCGAACGGCGCCCGCUUGGCUGCUGCUUUUUAUUCCAUCUUUGGCCGGUUGCGGGGUUAGAGCGAGGAGGCGCUCAAAGAAGCUGCGGGCAGGUGAAGGGAGAGCAAGAUAAGUUGUGUUUUAGGUUGGUCGGUGGUGGCUUGGGGUGUUCGUGUGUGGGUGUUCGUGUGUGUGUGCGGCUGGGGUGGGGGUGCAAAGGAAGAGAGAACGCUUCGCACGCGACGGAGAGAAGGGGCGGAAAGGACUUGGAAGAGGACCGGAGGGAAAGGGCCUGACGAGGAGGAGGAGGAAGAAGAGGAGGGUGGUAGAGACGCCCGGGCGGGGGGAGGAGGCUCGGUCGGUCUUGGGUCGGUGGGCGACGAGAGAGAGCGACAGAGAGAGACAGAGACUCGGGGGGGGAGAAGAACACCGCCGGGCCCGCUUCUGCGAUGCCGCUGCUGCACCGCAAGCCGUUCCAGCGGCAGGCCCCGCCGGCUGACCUGAGCCCCGACGAGGGACUCUUCCUCUGCAAGGUCACCAACGAGGCGUUCAGAGACUACGAUGAGUUUUUUGAGCGCACCAUCCUGUGCAAUAGCCUGGUGUGGAGCUGUGCGGUGACGGGCAAGUCUGGCUUCACCUACCAGGAGGCUCUCGAUUCAGAGGAAAGAGCUCGUGUCUCUCUCCAGAAGCUGCCACCAGUGCUGCUUUCGCCGCUGCUCUACCUGGCCGCUUGCACAACCCGCACACGCUUCCAGGAUCUGUGCGAGGAUGUGUACGCCUUCUUCAAAGACCGCUUUUUAAUCGGCGAGCAAGUGGAGGUGGUCCAUGCCAGCGGUGCAAGACAAAGUUGCUGCGUGAUGGCAGUGGUAUCGCCUCCAAUGGAAAACGGCAGGGCCAAUGGGCAUGCUGCAAAGGCUGACGUGAUUGUGAUCAGCGACAGUGAUGGAGAAGAAGAUAAAGAUGACAGUGGAUCAGGCCUAGUCCGAAACCCUGCGCUAUAUCGAUACAAAGUAAAGUUGCUCAAGAUGGAAUCAAGGCAGCCAUUUAUUAUUGAGGCUAGUGUAAUUGGUCGCCGGAAAGGAUUUUUCACAAGGGAAAAAGUUAAAAUGUUCUUGAAGCAGAACACAGAAGUUUUAAAUGGAGUCAUUAAAGUAAAGGCCAGCACAGUGGCCAAAUACAAGCUGAAUGAGUUCAACUUCCGGGCAGUGUUUCCCGAUGGAGCUCCCAUGUUUAACAGCAACUCUGUGUCACGCCGUGUGCGUGCUAAGAGUCAAGUGCCAAUGGCUGCUGGUGACAUGGACAGAGAUGGUUCCCAGCAUCACAGCAACAAAGCCGAGCGAGAAAUGGAGAAAUUGAGAGAGAAGAAAGAAGCAAUGAGAAGAGCAGCAGCCGCCCAUGCCAAAGAAAACAAAGCUCCGGGUCUCCGGCAGAAUGAGGAGAGCGCUUAUGCCCGGGAGCAGCAGCUCCGGAGGAACCUGCUGGAGUCCAGGAUGACGCAAAGGCAGGAAAAACUCAAGGAGAAAGAGCGGCUCAAGGAAAUAAAAGAAAAGGAGCGUGAAAAAUUGCGUGAAGAGAAGCGUAAAUAUGCCGAGUACAUCAAGGAGUGGAAUCGACUGCGAGAUGACAUGGAAUGUGAAGACUUGAAGGCUCUGCCUGAGCCCCUUGCAGUGCGGACACGAUUGCCUCCGGAGCUGUUUGGCGACGCCCUCAUGCUGCUAGAGUUCCUACAUGCAUUUGGGGAUUUCUUUGACCUCAAGGAUGAAUUUCCGAAUGGCAUCACGCUCGACAUGGUGGAGGAGGCCAUGGUGGGCCAUGACCCCGAGGGCCCGCUCUGCGAGUUACUCUUCUUCUUCCUCUCUGCCAUCUUCCAAACAAUGACUGCUGAGGAGGAAGACGGCGUGCGGGAACAACCUACGGAUGCUGAUGCAAAAAUGACUGGGCUGUCUGAGGCCCUUGAAGAGGAGCAGGACAACACCAAGGCUGCCAUCGGCGCUGUGGCUGCGAUGGCUGCAGCUUGGCCACAGCUGCACCAGGGUCGUUCCCUCCGCAAACUGGACAUGGACAGCUGCUCGGUCUCAGAAAUCCUGCGCCUGCAUGUGCUCAUGGCCGGCUCUGAUGUAAUGCCUGCCAACUCCAAGUACCGAUAUCAGCAGCGUGGUGGCUUUGACACCAUGGAUGGGCCCUGUGUGGAGUUACGGCUCAGCCAGCCCGGCCUCCUCAAGCGGCUGGCAAAUGUCUCGGCGUACGAUCUCACCCCAGCGGAGAAGUUGAUGAUUGUGAAAGCAUUGAGUGUGGAGCUGCUGACACUGGUGACGACGCGCGACUACAUCGACGACAACUUCGAUGUGCUCAAGCAGGCGCGGCAGGACUUCCGCGAACUCAAAAAUGCCAAGCUGCGACGUGAGCGCGAAGAGGCUGCCGCUAGGCUCAGAAGGGUCAAGGAGGAGAAAAUUAAAGAGCAGGAACGCAAGCUCAUCCAGGGCAAUCCUGUGGAGGAACCGCUCAAAAAUGGCGUCGAUGGUGACGACUCUGGAAUGGACACGAGCACGGAGGGGCUUGAUGGUGCGGCCAGGGGCUCAGCGCAGGACGAGCAAGCGGCAGGUUCCAGCAAGCCACGCAGAGGUCGGCCCAAGAACAGCGAGCGUAAUAAGUCAGGCAAGCAGGGAAAGAAGUCGGGAAAAGAUGACAACAGCGCAGAGAUCUCGGAAGCGGACAUCCAGGCGCUUCGCGAGAAGGAGCUUGUUGAAAGAAUCCUCUCUGCAGUGGCUCGUACGAAUGUGGCGCCGCUGGGGCGCGACCGAUUUUACCGUCGCUACUGGCUUUUUAACACCAUACCGGGGCUCUUUGUGGAGGAGGACUACCAUGGGCUAACAGAGGACAUGCUGCAUCCACCCUCUGUAAGGGGAGAUCCUGGGGCACCAGACGAGGCCACGAGCAUGGAGGCUGGCAGCAAGGCAAGCCCACACAAGUUGGAACCUCUGCUUGCUGGAAGUGGUGACAUGAGGAUUGAGGAGGGCUGUGAGGUGAAACGCCCAAACCGAUGGUUUUAUUUCCAUCGCCCUGAGCAACUAGAUGAGCUCUUGGAGAGCCUGAACUUGCGUGGGUUACGGGAGAGCAGUCUCCGUGAGGCCCUGAUCCUGGAGCGGGAGCGGAUCGUCCAGAGCCUGCAGCUGGCACAGACUGAGCUCAUUCACCUCUCAGAACGAGAGCCUGUGGAGAAUGAUGAUGAUAAAGUGUCCAGUCAGGGGCCACCUUCAAGCGCUGAAGUGCAGCUGGAAGGACGCUUGAAGGACCUCCUUUUGGACAUGGAGGACCGCAUCUGGCAAGGAACUCUUGGAGGCAUUCAGGUGGCAGACCGGCUUGCCUGGCGUACAGCCUUGCAAAACAGCCACUACGACCCCAUGUGUGACGAGCUGGUGUGGGGACCUCAGGGAGAGCGCAACCUCAAGAUCAGCAAGCUCCGGGAAAGUGGACAGCUCAAGUCGGAGCAGGAUGGCCCAGCACAGGCCAUGGAAACAGGCACACCUCCAGAAAAGCCCUCCGCUAAGGACAGACUUUCGGAUGUCAAGUUGGAGGGGCGAAGUGGGGGGAGUUUGGGUACCGGGACCCCCCAAGCAACCAACCUCCCAGUUCGUCACCUGGCCAUGGCCUUGCUGCAGAUCGAGCAGGGCUUGGGCCGCCGCUUCCUUAAGGAGCCUCUUGCAGUGGAGAGCAGCGAAGGUGGCGGAAUUCGGGCAAAUCGGACGCUGUUGGAGCGCUGGGAGGAGUCGCUGAUGGUGUGCACCAGCAUGUCUCAGGUGUUUGUGCACCUCGCCACGCUGGAGGGCAGCGUGGUGUGGGCGCGCUCCGUGCUCAACACGCGCUGCCGCAUCUGCCGGCGCAAGAGAGACGCAGAGUGCAUGCUCCUGUGUGACGGCUGUGACAGAGGGCACCACACUUACUGUCUACGGCCACCGGUCAAGACAAUUCCACAGGGAGACUGGUUCUGCCCGAACUGCCGGCCCAAGAACAGGAAGCAUCGGCCAGCAGAACGAAAACGAUCAUCAUAUGUGGAGAGUGAAGAUGAGGAGGAAGAUGAGGAGGAAGAGGAGGAGGAAGAGGAGGAGGGGGAAGAAGAGGAGGAGGAGGAAGAGGAGGAAAAAGAGAAUAAUGGUAACAGUGACGAAUCUGAUGAGAGCCAAGAAGAAGAUGAACCGGAUGAUACUUCAGAGGACGAGGUGGAUGAUGAGGAAGAAGAAUUGGAGGAAGAGGCGAGGUCUUCACAGAGAGGGCGAGUUAAAUUGCCUGUAAAACUUCGAGGUAAAGUGGCCAGCCAGGGUAAAAACUACUUGGAACAGGAAUCCAGACAAACUCCCAAUGAUGCUUCUUCACGUACUCGACCAAACGGACCCAAGCAAUCCUCUUCUGCAAGCAAGAAUGAUCCAAAGUCAUUGCCAGGUUCGGGUAAAAGCACUCCUAAGCAGAGCCCAGGCUCGGGGAAGAGCCUAGCCUCGUUGGAUAAGGGUGGAGCUAAGCAGAAGGCCGCGUCGGAGGGUCGCAAAAAAAGCCCAGGUUCAUCGUCACGACCACGCUCUAACGGGUCAGCCAGCAAUGGAGCUUCACCUGCGGAAGUGUCUGGACCAACACGCAGCCGAGGGCGGCCCCCCAAUGUUCGCAUAGGUGGCUCAGAGACCUCCCCAGGGACAUCUGAAACUGGACGCCGAGCAAGCAAACGUAUCAGCGACGCCGCAGAAGGCAGUGGUGAGGCAUCUACGAGCCGACGAAGCUCAAGCCGGCACUCGGGAACGCACGAGCUAACAGCGUGCGAGCAGCUGGUGAUAGAACUGAUCCGACACAUUGACAGCUGGCCCUUCCUCAAGCUGGUCCAGCGCAGUCAGGUGCCAGAUUAUUAUGACAUCGUUAAAAAGCCCAUUGCUUUGAAUGUGAUACGUGAGAAGCUGAACAGCUGGGAAUACGCCUCCUCUGCUGACUUUUUGUCAGACGUGGAUCUCCUAUUUCGGAACUGUUUUGACUACAAUCCUCAGCACACCAACGAGGCCAAGGCUGGUGAGAGGCUACAGGCAUAUUUCUUUGAACGAGCUGCCGCGCUUGGUCUCACUGCUGCCUCACAGGACGCCUUACCCCACAAACGCACCCGGCGAUAGGACAGUUGAGUUAAGCACUGUCUCAUUGGUUAACCACUCGGGCAGCUGUGUGGGCAAAAUGUUCAGACUAACCAGGUUAAAUAAAAUCUUUUGUAAAAUGGUAUGCAAAGGAGCACAGUUUAUUUUUGGGGUUUGUAAAAUAAAACACGUUUUCCAAAGGCGUUUACAGCAAUAUGAUACUGAUGUUAAGCUUCAAUGCUUGUCUUUAUGGCCAGGAUUUUGGGACAGCUUUACAAUACAACUGAUAGCCGAUCGACAUUUUUGUACCUUUGAACAAAGCAGUUGUCAUACAGGCUACACAAAGUAAACUUUGGCACUGUUUCUUAAGUAAAAGAAAAUCUGCAUUAAGCUGCGCAAUGGGAGAUAUUUGAACACACUGGGCAGCAAACUGGAAUGGGCCUCUGUGUGCUUGAGAGCUGUGCAAACACGACCAAUAGAAAAUGCAAGGACGCAAAUAUUUUAAAUAACGUGGCAUCUUCAAUAAAAAUUUACAGUAUUUUACAUAGCCUUUAGUUAAUAUUUAUUAUACUUCCAAUGUUUAUGUGCAUAUUUGGAUAAUUCCAGCAUUGGUGUUAGAUGUGGAAUUCUGUCAACCCCUGUUAACAAUCGUGCUUUCCGCCACAGCUCUUUCGCCAAGAUUAUAAAUGUUAUUAUCUUCACUUGCUAAAUAAGCACUCAGGAAGUACCUUCUACUUUUUGUAAUACUGUACUGUAUUUUGAAGUGAAAUUAAAAACACUUUAAAGA